CUUAGAAGAUACAGAUUGUAAAGAAGUAGAGAUAGAUGGAGUAAUUUAUGAUGAAUGUAAUUACGAGAUGGAAUUAACUGACGAUGAAUAUGAGCUGGAUUAUAAAAAUAAUAAAGGGGAAAUAAUAUAUUUUGGGUAUUUGAAAAAAGAUUUUGAAUGUAAAGAAAAUGGGGAAAAUUGUGAGAAAACAUAUAAAUAUGUUGAAGAUGAUGGUGUUUCUACAUUUGAAGUUAAAUAUGAAAAGAAAAAUAACAAAAAAGAUAAACAGCCUGUUAAGGGGAAAGCUAAAAAGCUUACAAAAAUUGAGUAA